AUGAGCCUCUCAGAUGACGACAUCCAAAAACGGAUGGACUUACUCACAAGGUCUAUCGCGACGGGGUGCGGGAACCCAUUUUGUACCAAUAAAUUGUGCAAGUCAAACCCUUCGCAUGAACCGUUUUCAAGCGACGACAACACCGGAAUCAUUGUUGAAUACGCCAUUGGAGACUACCACAUGUGCCAACCCUACAUCAGUGCAAAUGACGUUUAUAAACUAACUCCCGACUUCUUCAAGAAUGAAAGAAACAUCUUGCAAUACCUUACACCGUUUUCACUCGCCACGUCUUUUCG